AUGGCUACUGAGGGCAGCUCGCCUGUGCAAGGCUUCGAGAGUCAAGAUCGGAACAACCAUCCAGGAACCACCGACUACCAAGCUGUGCGGACAGAAGAGUCCAUAUUAGAAACUACGAGACAACUACGUCUUCGUGGGACUUUCCAGUCAAAAUAUGUCGUCCUUUGCGCCUUCAUCGUCAGGUUGGGCGGCUUCUUGUUUGGCUAUGAUCAAGGUGUUGUUUCUGUCGUCCUUGUCAUGGAUCAAUUCCUCGACCAAUUUCCUCGUGUCUCGAAGACUGCCAGUGGAGCAGGCUUCUGGAAAGGAUUCAUGACGGCCAUGAUCAAACAUAUCGGUGGGCCUAACCAUUUCUUCACGGGGGCAUUCAACCAAGGCUGGGUGGCGGAGAAAAUAUCCAGAAAGUACUCGAUUUGCGUUGCUGUCUGCAUUUUUGUGCUUGGGUCAGUCUUGCAGACCGCCGCACAAGACUAUGCAAUGCUGAUCGUUGGUCGACUCAUUGGUGGUAUCGGUGUUGGAAUGCCGAGCAUGGUCGUCCCUAUGUAUAUUGCUGAAGUGUCGCCAACAGAGAUCAGAGGGACAUUACACGUCCUGGAAGAGUUUUCCAUCGUUUUUGUUAUCAUCUGCGCCUACUGGCUGACUUUCGGCGCGCGGUACAUUGGCGGUGAAUGGUCAUUUCAACUUCCUUUCCUUCUGCAGAUCAUACCAGCCAUACUUCUCGGCAUCUCUGUUCUCUUCAUCCCUUUCUCGCCCGGGUGGCUUGUGGCGAAAGGACGUGACCAGGAAGCACUGACAGCUCUCGUAAACUCCGACGGGUCCCAGUGGAUGACCCGCGAAUUCAAGCCGAAUGGCUCGAUAUUCGAGCCGAAGUUGCAUUCCACAAAGAGGUUGCCACAGAGAAGUAUCCAAAUCUCGGCAUCAAGGGUCGACAGUCUCGCUGGGCUGCUUUCAAACUGGAGCUUGCAGCUUAUGCUGAUUGUUUCAAACAAGGCUAUUGGCGACGUUCAAUGGUCGGAAUUGGCUUGA